GGAAUCAUAUUUACGAAAUACGGAAAGGAGAAACACCUUUUUGGCCAGGAUUAGUCAGAAUUGGACAAUUCAUCCGGUUCGUAGUUAUUCUGAACGGACUGGUUUAUAACUUUAGUGUCUGUUUGUGAUAAUAUUCCCGUUUAAGCUCGCAGUUAUCCAAGUUAAUAAUUAACAGGCUGGAAGAUGCAAAGUUACGCAGAGGUGAUGAGAGCCUUUGUAGAGAAUCACGCGAGCGCGCUCACAGUUGCUUUUGUUGCAGGGGCAGGCGUGCUGGCCUUGCAGAGGUGGCUGGCUGGGGGAGUGUGUCGGAGCAAGGUCAGGCUGGAUGGGAAAACAGUCCUGAUCACGGGGGCCAACACUGGCAUUGGGAAGGAGACGGCGCUGGACAUGGCUCAGCGAGGGGCCAGAGUGAUCCUAGCCUGCAGGGACAUGACCAGAGCCCGCAUUGCAGCUGACGACAUCCGGCAGCAGAGUGGAAACGGCAACGUGGUGGUGAAGAAACUGGACCUCUCCUCGCUGCAGUCUGUCAGAGACCUGGCCAAAGAUGUCCAGGAGAAUGAGGAACGCUUGGACAUCCUCAUCAACAAUGCAGGUAUCAUGAUGUGUCCUAAGUGGAAGACUGAGGAUGGCUUUGAAAUGCAGUUCGGCGUGAACCACCUGGGACAUUUUCUCCUCACGAACUGUCUCCUUGACCUGCUGAAGAAGUCCGCUCCGAGUCGCAUUGUCAUCGUGUCCAGCCUGGCACACGAGAAGGGCCGUAUACACUUUGACGACAUCAACCUUGAUAAAGACUACCACCGUGAAAAGAGCUACCGCCAAAGCAAGCUGGCCAAUGUGCUCUUCGGCAGAGAACUGGCUGCGAGGCUGCAAGGCACUGGUGUGACUGUGUACAGUCUUCACCCUGGGGUCAUCCGCACCGAGUUAGGCCGCCACUUGUUCCCCAGUUUAGCCCUGUGGAAGAGGAUCAUCGCCAUGCCAUUUUUAAUGCUGAUCAAAAGUCCCCGUCAAGGAGCUCAGACCACCAUCUACUGCGCUGUGGACGAGAGCCUGGCGAACACCAGCGGCCUCUACUACAGUGACUGCGCCCCCAAAACGCCGGCCCCGCAGGCUCUGGAUGAUGCCGCAGCCAAGAGGCUGUGGGACCUCAGCGCGUCCAUGGUCGGUCUGGCUUAAACACAACAGCCUGCCCUGCUUUUAUCACCCAUCCCUCCUGUUGAAGGCACUGUUGUUUACACGGGUGGAUAAAGCACAGCAAUUUGUUUUGUUAUCUAAUGCAGAAGGGUAUUACACUAAUAAGGUUAAACAAAUCUUUUAGACCUAAAAUGACUCGCUGAUUUGCUGAAAUGUUUGCAUUAUUUAAUCUCAGACUCCAGUCAGUUGUUUGACUAUUACACUUAGAUUAUGCAUAUUCUAUAUAUUAUUGUAUAUAUAUAAAAUAUGUUUUUUUUAUGCUUUAUUAUGGUGUCCUAAUCAAAAGAGGCAAUACUUGCUGUGUAAUCUAUCGUCUUGGUUGAUGCACUUUAAUGUAUUUUAAUGAGAAAUUGCUUUCAUACAUUUAACUUUGAUUUGUUCCACAAGUUCAAAGAGACAUUGAACACUUAAAGCUUGUUGCUUUUAUUCAUUGUAUUGCACAACAACGGCCAACAUACAGUAAAAUGAUUGCUUAAUCAAUUCUGUAUCCACCUCGCUGCAGAAACACAGCCAUAAACACAUGUCAAGCAAUACUACAUUUUCCUAUGAACUACAAGAAAGGAAGCUGAGAGGCUGUAUGUGUGAAGAAGAGGUAGAAAGUGUUGACGUAGUGCCUGAGGUGUUACGGAAAGUGGCCUUAUGUGCCAGCAAAGUGGUGAGAGGAGUGCUGCACUUCAGAGGGGAGAGGAUCCUCCACCUGGUGUAGAAAGGGAGUGGACGCCUUGGGGGCAGAGAGCAGUUAGGAAGCAGCCAGUAGAUCCAGAAGAGUCGACAGCUCACUGAGUGUCCUCCUGUGUGUGUGUGUACGUUUGUGUGUGUUGCUGUUUACAGAGUUCAUAAUUCUGUGCCUUUGUUGACUGAAUUUACUCAAAAUGAACAGUACAGAAAUGUAGAAUGGGAACCAUGAGCGAUGGUAUAUUUCUGGCAAUAAACGUCUGAUUGAAAGUGAGGUUUUUUCCUGGGCAGUUAUUAAAUAACAGGUACAAUAAGUAAAACUCCUAUAGAUUUGUAUUUAUGGAAGAUUGGCUAUAAAAGAA